UCGUUUUCUCUCUGCAAUUCAUCCAGCAUGCGCACCCGUUUGUGUAUAUUGACUAACGAAUGUUUCGUAACACGUGUUCUUGGUUCGUGAUCGAUCGUGUCUGAAGUGGAAACAGAAGAUGCCAGCAAAGAAACUGCUGGUCGUCGGGAUAAGCGGGGUGACGUGCGGUGGGAAGAGCACCCUCGCCAGGAACCUGCAGGAGAAAUACCCGGAUGCCACAGUCAUCUCGCAGGACGACUACUUCUUGGACGUGAUGGAUCCGAGGCACACGUGGAUAGAGGAACUCGAUCACAUCAACUUCGACAUCCUCUCCAGUCUGGACAUGGAGAGAAUGCUGAGUGAUGCGAAGGAGCUGAUGGAACUGACAACAGGUAUUUUGAUCAUCGAAGGCUUCAGCAUAUUCAACUGCAGACACAUCGAGGAGCUCUGCAAUUUGAAGUACUUUUUCAAGUUGAAGAAGGAGGUGUGUCGUGAGAGGAGGAGCCGAAGGGAGUACGACCCGCCCGACUGCCCGGGCUACUUCGACAGGUGCGUCUGGCCGGAACACAUCGAGCAGCUGAAGGAGGUGGAGCGAACGGUCGAGGGCGUGACCUACUUCGAGAACGUCGAAAGCGAUCACGCCUUGGAGGCGGUGCUUAAAGACGUGCGGAGAGAAUCCGAAUAAAUACUCAUAAAAAUUCA